GCUUUGUUUUCGUCUUUCUCUUCUUGGCUUGGCCAAGGUGGGACAGCGGAACAAUGCACUAAACACUUUUUCUACCUACUUUUUCGCCCCUUUUGCUGCUCUGUGCUUAUUUGCUUCAUUGCAUGCUGCAGGACGGGCCGCUGCCAAUAUGCUCUGCAGCUUGCGGUGAUGUUGUUGGAUUCAGAGCAAGCCACCCUAGAACUUGGACAAACCCUAGCUAUUAUCUAUUCCAGCACCUUCAUCCCAUGUUUGUGCCGGCCAUCAAGCCUUGCACACUCUGGCGGCUGUUCUGACUGGCCCCUUAUGGCCAGGGCGGAGGAUGCCGGGAGGCGUUUGUUGUGUACCAUCAGUUAUGUAAUACCUACUGCUUCCCGCUGGGUGUCCUGGAGGCGAACAUUUUCUCCCGCCUGGCUCUGGCCAAUGUAUGUUCCAGCCCAGCAAUACCAUACACAGCUUGAUCCUCAGGUGGUGUCCAGAGCUGACUCAGUCCCAGGGAGGGCUCAUGUAUGCAUAGCGAACAGCGCCUGGCUGGGUUGGAGCUUCACGCAACCUGCCUAUUUCUCAUGCGCAAAAAGAGACUCUCGUUUUAAUAUGACCAUAUACGGUGAAAGCCAUCUGGCUUGCAGCAGAGAGGACAACUUGUGUGGACGUGUGUUGUUGCUCAGCGAAUGGCCACCAGAGAAAAGCCUGUAAUUUAACUGCAGCCUGCAAUUGCAACUGCCGAGACCCAGCGGGGCGCUUCGGCUUUAGACCAAGCCGCUUGGUUGGCGUUUUAUUUUUGCCCCCC